AUCACUGUGCUUUCUACACGCGUUCCUCGCUACAACAUUACACAGUUAUGACUGACUAUCACAAAUUCCCGCCAAGGCGCUGGUAAAAUCCACAGACUUUAUUCCACGAUCCAUAAACAAUUGUGUGCUAUAAAAACUCUAACUUAUUUAUGACUCGCGCGCUUGUUUCGUUAUUGUGAAUAAAAACCACCUGUGCCGCCUUUUUACACAACAAAAUGAGGGACGAAUCCGACACUAUGAAUGAAAGGAUAGCAGAGUUCAGAAGCGAUCCGGAGAAACUUCGCCAGGCUACGGAAUUCGUAGACGAGCUGAUACAGCAGGCUAAGAAAGAGGCCGAAUUAAAACAGAAAGAGAAAGAAAAAGGCAAAUUCGAAUCACAAGACUCGGGAACGGGUAACUUAAAGAGGAAGUUCGGUCGCGCCCGCGGCUUCGUGAUCCGCAUGUUCGACGCUCUGUGCAACUGUACGCAGACUGCCGCAGCCGCCGCGCGUACUACCGCGCGGAACAACCCGUUCGCUAAACGCUAAACAUUUCUCACAUACAUUCAAACGAUAGGGUAAAGAUUUAAAUGGGACAACUUCUGAUUGGAUGUUUAAGAUCUAAUGCGCGUAGAAAGAAAUCAGGGAUAUUGAAUAAACUAACAUAGAAUCAAUAGUUCUACGGUAAAGGGUUCAGACUCGUCAGAGAGGUUGUGAUCCGAUCCCUGCCCGCUGAACUAUCGAUAUGUACCCCACUACUAACACAGUCUCUUCUGACUACUUGGAGAUGAACGGGAAUAUUGGUCAUAUAUAAAAGAUAUGGCAAAUAUUCUAAAAAUAAAAGAAAUUUACAAUACCCUAAGUUAUUGCAAUCCUUAGGAUGCAUCAUUAAUUAACGUAAUUAACGUGGUCAUGUGACCAUCAAAGACUAUGAUUUAUCGACGAUAAUGCAAAUGACAGUAAACGGUUAUACAUUGUAAAUAUGUUAAGGCUGAUCGCACACUGGCUUUUCAGUCGCUUGGAAUAUUUUUCAGUUGCUAGUCGCUAUGGUGAAUGAUAACUUAUUUAUUUUACCCGGAUGUUGUACUACAAAUAAUCUUAAUAUUGAAGUCAUUGAUUGUCAAUAAAGAACAUUUUAAAUACGUGAUUUUCACAGAUGGAAAAUUCAGUUCAAUAACUAUUUUAAAUUAAAAGAUAUAUUUUUUCGCUGCACCUAUAUCUAUAGGUACUUUAUUUUUAUGAUACUUAUCUUGAGAAAAUAUUAUUAAUUACAAGGAUAAAAGACUUCUUUUUUAAAAAAACCACCAACCAACUGAAUAUAAAAUGUAAGAUAUUAAGUCGAUAUUACGACAUAUAACCAGAUGACAAGUAUGAAAACGCUUCUAAAUUCCGAAUUAAGAAAGAAAAUUAAAUAGACAUUAAUUAUAAUAAUUAUUAUUGUAGCAGAUAAAUACUACCUAAUGCUAAAUAAAUAAGUAUCUUUUGUCAUCUGUAUAUUUGGUAGAGAUAGUGUAGAAGCACUCUAUAAAUUGAUUAUAAAAAAGUAUUGAAUAACAUUUCUCAUUAUCAUUACUAAUAGAAGUCAUAUAAUGCAAAUGGACGCCUAAACCAAUGCCGAUGAUUUAUGGCACACAUUGUGAAGGAAUUAUGAGAGUAAUAACCCUUUUAACAUGGCUUUCGCAUCAAACCAGUUGUGUAUGUAUUUGUACCUUUGUUUAUCAUCUGUACACAUUUCCCAUGAAGGUUAUUUAUGGUAAUAAAUAAAGCUGAAACGUAAAAGAGUAUUUACUGUGUGUACGAAAGAACGACAUUCAAAAAUAUAUUUGAAUAAAAAAAACAUUUUUCAAAGGGAAUUGGUACUGUGUUUAAGUUUGACGUUAGUGUAAAAUAUUCUUUUGUGUUCAGAAAUUCUGAGCUUCAUUUACGUAAUAACAAUUUAUUAUUUUGAAUAUCUCUCAAAAACGUUUUAGACAAUUUUAAUUACGUGAUUUGGUCGAUGGCUGUAGAAAAAAAUCGAGCCACGGGCCCAUACAAAAUUACCCAAUCACUCAAGCACAAAUAUUAGACUAUAUUUUUAAAUACUACCUACCUUAAAGUACCUAGUAGAUACUUGGUUACCUACUUGUACUCGAUAGGUACUGUUAGUUAUAUUUAUUUAUCAAUAUGUAGCUACCGAAUCAUCGAAAAUAAGUUAAAAAAUAAUAAUUUUACCAUUAAAUCUAAAGUAAGUCCCUAUUUAAAUAUUUCAUCAACUCGUCGCUGGCAAGUAGCGGAAACGGAAACAAUGAUUUCAUAGAUUUUUAUUUGAAUAAAACUGCACAAUAAGUAAUUCUAGAGCCUCAAUAGCUCGGUAAGAGCGGUCGGACUCAUCACCGAAAGGUGAUGGUUCGAUCCCUGCCCUGUUGGUCUAUUUCCCACUCCUAAUACAGUCUUUACCGACUAGUUGGAGAGGAAUGGAAACAAUUGCAAUUUCUAUUUAUAGUUAUUAUUGCGGUCACCGUUACGAUAUGCAUAAUUAUGAAUAGUGCUACGGUUGCUACAAGUUACAAAACACCACGCUACGUAGAGCCCAGUGGCGUAGCGUGCCUUAGAGGGCUCAUCGAAAUUAAUAGUUGGGGGCGGCAAAUUCCGAAAAAUCCCGAUACUAAAAAGUAUUUCAUAAUGCAGACUUAUGUUCAAGAUUGCCGUUGAAAUAAUCUCAUAUAAUUGAGGGUCAACGAUCAUUAUUCAUUGAUGAACUUUUAAAUAAUAAUGAGAAAUUUUGACAGUUGCUAGUAGUAAAAUCUGUCAAAAUUUAUUUACAGAGCGAUUGUUAAUGACCCACCAUGUAGCAUAGAAUUCUAUAAAUAAAGAUACAUAAUUUUUUGUCUACAAACGAAACUAUAAAUUCGGUACAUUUUGAAUACAGAAGUCAAUUUGUCAAUGUUUGUAUCUGAUACAUUGGCAAAUAAAAUUGUGUAUUCGAAAAACCGAGGCAUGUACACUAAUUAGAAACUCGCAUAUAUAUUUUUUUAUAAUACACAUUUAAUUUGCCGCGCGACGGAUAUUUACUUUGAGGCAACUGUGCAGUUUUAAAUGUACUUAGGUACUUAUAUCAUGGAAAUUUCAAUCAAAUACAUUAGAAAAAAUGUCCGGUUAAAACUGCACGUCUAUAGCACGGGUUACAAUUCACACGCGUUGGGAACAGUGGCGUAGCUUGGGUUUUCACCGCCCGGGGCCCAAAAGUUAAAAUAUCUUAUUCUAAUGUAUUGUCCUGAUUCACAUUGAAAAUCGAGAUAAAUUUUCGACUGCUUCGGUAUAAACGGAAAGAGCCCAACAUUACUACUACGCUUUAAAGAUUGAUGAAAUGUGUGCUACAUUAUUUUUGUCUGUAUAAUGAAUUUUAUGGAUUUUCAAACUAAAUAAAAAGCGCUUGCCGCCGCCUCUUUUUUGCAUGGGGUAAUGCCCGACCUAACAUCGCUAUGCCAUUGGUUAAUUUGAUGCUUGAUUUUCGAUAUCACCGACAAAGGAAUUGGUCCCUGAUUGUCAUGUACCAUCAUCAUGGCUGAUAUAAUAAUGAUUAAUUUUUGAUUUUGUCGCCUUCUUGGUAUUGGCAAUAAUAUAUGGAUAUGGCGAAUUUUGUAAAUAUUUCGUUAUUCGUAGAUUGUACCUAUUUAAUAUUUGUGUCUUCCUUGAGUCUCCCUUAUCAGCGUAAUAGUGUAACCUAAAUUAUGAUCGGUGUGAAGACGCUUAUAGAUGUAAACUAUAUGUUAUAUAUUAAUUGGAAAUAUGUAGGUGUAAUUGUAAGUAUAUAAGAAAACAUAUAUUCUAAAAUUUUAGUUCUCACUACUCAGUAAAAAUUUAGAAUUUUUGUCUGUUUAUUUGAUGAUUACUUGUUUGUUUGUGUAAUAAACUCAGUAACAGCUAAACCGAUUUGAUUACGGUUUUCACUAAUGUUAUGUGGUGAACUUGACGCAUUAUCUUAUGUUUAUUUUAUUAAUAUCGAUUCACUAACGAAAAAGUUACGUAUCACCUUAAUGAUUUCUUUCGGUAAAGUACAGUCAGUAUAGCGAUAGCUAAAAUUUUAGUAUUCACAGUGUUUGUAAUUUUAGACCAGAAAAAUAUUUAGGUACGCGCUUACUACAAAAAAAAAUAUCUACCUACAUAUUCUUUGUAUCACUAGAAUCAUCACUAACAUAAUAUAUGUAUAACUCUUUGAUGUAUUAUUCUAUACAAGUUUAUACAAAUCUUUACGAAUUAUUAACAAUUUACUUUUCUAUAAUAUCUAUUAUUUAUUUAUCUAUUAUACUUACUUAUCUUUACAAAAAUAAGAAAAUUAUAUAUUGUCUUUGUGCUUAUGGCACGAUAAAAUCAGAAAUUUAAUAGGAACGACCACAAAUUUUCUGAAUCUAUACCUCUUUACAAAAAAAAAAAUAAUUAGUAUAAGAAACGAGGAUAUAACAAUUAUAUCAUUAUGAAUUAUGGUGAAAUAUAUCAUUGUGACUGUAAUGUUUAUCAAAAUUGUAGUAAGUAGACAUAAUAUUAGAUCUUUUGUAGAAUUUGAAUAAACAAAAUUACAAUUUCGUUAACGAUAAUGCCGCUUUUGAGUGCACAAAACGAAGGUUUCAUGUAAUAAAUAAAAUAUAAUAUUAGGUAUAACUAAGUAAUUUUUUUUUAAAAUAAUUCAUUAUUUUUAAUAUCUAUACCAGCUAAUUGUAAAUUAUUUUUUGCUUUUGUACUAAAGGUUGUGUUUUUAUCAAUAUUUUUUGUAAAUAAUUAUAAAAAAGUUUUUUUUUAUAUUAUAUUUUUAUAAAUGUUAUAUAAUAUUAUUUUAAAGAACACUCCACACUAUAGCCGGUGGCCGGAUAUGGUAUUUUUAUUUUUGCGUACACACCAAUCCUAAUUAUUGUUUUUACGUGACACGAAACCAAAAGGAGUGUGGAUUUUCAUCCUCCUCCUAACAAGUUAGCUCGCUUCCAUCUUAGACUGUAUCAUCACUUAUUAGGUGAGAUUGUAGUCAAGAGCUAAUGAAAGAAUGUAUGAUGUAAUUAUAAGUAACUUUUUGCUGUCCACACAAUCAAUAAUAUUGUCAAUAUUAUUUACAAUAGUAUGUUGGGUUUAUUUCUUUACUGUGCCUGAAGUGUAUCCACGGCAGUAUAACAGUAUUAUUAGGGGCAAUUGGCAACCUUACACAGUAAUAUUGUCAAUAAUAUGCACAAUUUCCAGUGCGACUUCAUGUCUUUCGCUUCAUCAAUAUUUAUAUCUCCACAAGCAGUGUGUAAAUGUUACAAGCACUGUGUAAAUGUCACAUUUAUGUACUUGUGUAAAUAAUUUACACCUUAACUACAUAAAUGCGAAUGUGAAUUUGUUUGUUACACUUUUACGUUUAAACCACAAGAUAGAUUUUCAAAUUGUUUCACCAAUGGAAAGCUACAUUAUCAGCAAGUAAUUUAGUAACAUUUUGUCUCCGUCGUCCUACGUGAAUGGGAACUACACGGGUGAAACCGGAGGAUUCUGCUAGUACGAGUAAAAUAUAAACGAAAGCUGCCGGCUUAGAUGUGUAGAGUGCUUAAAUUAAUGAUAAUAAUCGUAUUCCUAGAUUAAGACGGGAGCUUUUAAUAAAUAACGUUAUUACCAGUGUCUUAAAAUAUAAAAAAUGUAUCAAUGUAGUGAAAUGAUUUCGGUGUCAAAAUUAUAAAAUAAUUUGAUUAAAGCAGGUGUAUCUAUAAAAUUAGAGCUCCAUUCACACAUUUUCGCGUCAAAUUAAUUUUUUACUUUAAAUUUUUUUACUUUAUAUAUUUAAUUACGAAUACUUUUUCGAAAUGCAUUAUGAUGAAGUAAAAUCAGCUUUUAUGACUUUAAUGUACAAUUGACCCAUCUGAAUGAAAAAAGCGAAUGUGGUGUACCCACCUAACCCUAAAAUGGGUAAGGUAUUUUAAUUAUGUUACCUAUUAGGCAGGCUUAAAAAGAUAUAUGUACUGUAAUUGAAUUCUGUAUAUUCUACCUGUUACAGUUAGGUAGAUAUAUGUAAAUGUGUGAAUCGAUCUAUGUGUUAAAUGUAAGUUAAUAAAUAAAUGUUCAAUGUGAUAUCCUGCCUGUACCACUUCCUAUGUGAUCCGACUUGCGAUUUCUUCUAUGAAUAUUAAAAAUGAUUUUGUGA